AGGCAGCUGGAGAGCGACACCAGCUCCAUUUCAUCGGAGCCGGAGAAGGAGGUGGAUGAUGAGCUUGACGCCAGCUCGACGAUGUCCAUGGACGAAGUGGAGUUUGAGGAGAAGACCAUCUACAGCGUCCAUGAGCUUCUGCAGUGUCGCUCCAAGCUGCACCAGGAGCCCUGGAUCAUCUACCAGACUCAAAAGGUGAAAGCACCGAAGCCGGAGGAGAGCCCCAGCCCAACGGCAAGGUCUUCUCGGAGAACGGCCAGUGGCAAUGAGAGCAUCGCCCGCAGCAUCAAGUCCAUCCUUAACAAGCUGACGCUGGAGAAGUUCCAGGCUCUCUCCCAGCAACUGCUCUCCUGCGGCAUCUCCACUGCCCAGCACGUAGAGGUCUUGAUUCGCGAGAUCUUUGACAAGGCUACCACCCAGCAUCACUUCAUCGACAUGUAUGCCGACCUUUGCGUGGUCCUCCACGAGCACUUCGUGUCUCAGCCGUUGGACUGUGAGAAGUCCUUCAAGCGCCUCUUGCUGGAGGAGUGCCAGUGCUGCUUCGAGCGACUGCUGGCCCCCCCGGUGGAUCUGGAGGACCUGGCGGUGGAGGAGAAGCAAAAUGCCGCCAGGAGGUACAAGACCUCCAUGCUGGGCAACAUCAAGCUGGUGGGCUCACUCCUGGCCCGCGGCAUGCUGGCCAGCAAGGUGGGCAUUGCUAUCCUGGAGGAGUUGCUCUCAAACGCCACGAACGAGACCUUGGAGUCCACCGCUGCGUUGCUCACCGCCAUGGGCUCGGCCUGCGAUCGGCCCAGCUGGCCUCAGAAGGUGGCCUUGGACGGCAUCUUCAAGCGCGUGGCCGGCCUGGUGGCCGGAAAGUCCUGCCAGCCCCGGGAGCGUUUCCUCCUGAAGGACCUGCUGGAGCUGAGGGCCAAUGGAUGGGAGGAGAAGCGCCCGAAGGCCUUGGAGCGGCAGAUGACCUUGGCGCAGGUGGCAAAGCUGGCGAACGGCCAGAAGGUGGAGCCCAAGGCAAUGCGCUGCCUGCAGCCAGCAGUGUUCGACCAGGACCGCUUCCGCCAGCAAGUCCUGGGCCUGUUGAAGGAGGCGGAUGCGUCGGCGCUGGAGCUGGCGCAAAGCGUACCUGCCACAGCCCAGCGAGCCCAGGUUUGCCACCUCCUGGGCGCUGUUGUGGAGCUGCCGACGGAGCAGCGGCAGAAGGCGCUGCAGAGCUUCCUGAAACUCGCGGAGGCCUGGCCCAGGGCUGCGGUGGCCGAAGGCCUCCAGGACUUCGCCCUUGGUGCGGAGGACUUGGCCACGGACGUGCCGCUGCUGCCGCGGAUCUUCCAGCAGGAGCUACGCCCGAGCUUCGCCCAGCUGGGCUUGCCUGAGGUGAACUUUGCAUAGAACUUUCCGACGACGGUGAGUGCGUGCCACGUACCUUUAGUCAGGACGCGGCCGGCAAAGUAGAAAAUGGGGCAACAGCGGGUCCAAUGAUCGAUAGAGUUGUCCCCAUACCCGCACCUGUUUUGGAGUUUCGUGGGUAGAGUGGGU